AUGCGUUCAACGUUUCUGCUUCUCGCAAGCGCAAUUACAUGUAUGCGAUCAGCAUGUGAAGCUGCGUAUGUACCAGGAGCAGCUUUCGAUCGAUUCUUUACUAUCUGGCUCGAAAAUCAAGACGAUUCAAAAGUGGAAGCCAAUGCCGAUAUCCUCAAUUUCACCGCACAAGGCAUUCUCCUUGAAAAUUACUACGGACUAACUCAUCCUUCUCAACCAAACUAUAUCGCAUCAGUCGGUGGCGACUUUUUCGGUCUCAAUCAUGAUGAAUUUGUACGCAUACCGCAUAAUGUGACGACGGUGGUGGAUCUUUUCGAAGACGCGGGAAUCACUUGGAAGGGGUAUUUUGAGGGACUGCCAGGACCGGGAUAUAUGGGAGAAGGAAGUACUGCGCAGGAUGGGAAGGGAUGGGAUUAUGUUAGGAAACAUAAUCCUUUUGGAUCCAGCGUCCUUACCACAAUAUGCACAUAUAUCCCCAACAUGUUGAAUGAUGGACAUAAUACCUCUCUAGCAUAUGGAGCCAAUUGGACGCGAUCAUUUCUUACUCCUCUUCUUCAAAACGAAGCAUUUAUGAAUAAUACUCUCAUUCUCCUUACUUACGACGAAUCAGAGACCUAUUCCAAACCAAAUCGAAUCUACUCCGUGCUUUUAGGGGGUGCUGUGCCAGCAGAUAAAAAAGGAACUGUUGAUACCACAAUUUAUUCGCAUUACAGUAUCCUUUCCACCUUACAAAACAAUUGGGGUCUUCCUAAUUUGGGUCGCUACGAUGUUGGUGCUAAUGUCUUUGAUCUCUGCGCUUCGAAAACAAAUUACACAAACAUAAACCUCAAUAUGACGGUUCUCAACAACUCUUUAUCAUACCCUGGAUUCUUAAACAACGAUCCAGCAAAAUGGGCACCAGUCCCUGUUCCAAAUCUCCAAUUAAUAGGCGCAGGCGAAAAGGGUGUAGAUGAUUACACACAUGCCGAAUGGGUUAGUGCUAAAUCAGAAAAUACACCCUAUGAUGGAAGCGGAGAAUUCUUCGACGGCGGAAACGGAGUAGCUGAUGAGCGAAAACCGGUAUAUGCAACGCAAGGAGCGAAUGUGAUUGCUACAGCCACAGUAGCACAACCAUAUAGCGCGACUGCGACGCCUACGAGUGCUAGUACAAGUAUGAGUAGUGCGAGUGCGUCGGCGAGCGCGACAAAGGGGAAUGGAGCGGAGAGGAGUAGAAGUGUGGGGACGGGGUGUGGGAAGGAGGUACUGGGAUUGUGGGUUGCGUUGGUUUUUGCGAUUGUGAUUUUGUAA